AUGAAUUUCUUACGACUAUUGACUAGUGAAAAACCAAAAUCCGAUGAAAAAAGUUCAGAGGAAAAAAAUGGAAAUAACAAUGAUGAAGGUAAUAAUACUCAAAUUUUAAAAGAUGACACACAACCAAAUGAAAAUAACAAAACUUUAGAUCUAGAAAAAGAUGCCAAUAAUGAUAAAGAAAUAAAAACAAAUGAGAAUGAGGGUAUUGGGCAAAAUGGAAUUUCAAAUGACAGUUCAGCAAUAGAUAAUAAUAUAAAAGAAAAAUAUGAAUUACAAAAUUAUAAAAUAAAAAAUGGAUAUGCUGGAGAAAAAAGAAAAUUUAAUAAUCCAUAUGCAUAUCAUAAUAAUGAAACCAACCUAUCUGAAGAUGAAGAAGAAAAAGAUUUUGAAUAUUAUUAUAAAAAAACAACUGAUUUUAUAAAUACUGAAUUUAUUGGAACAAAUGAUGAAAUAAAAGAUAUAGCAAAUAGUUUAGGACCAGAUUCAAAAUCUUCGAUUGAAAUUGAUAAAGUAAAUAUUAAUCCUACUACUAGUUCACCUGAUAAAUAUAUUCUUGAAAAAAUGCCUUUUUGUAAAUUAAUUAAUUUUGAAAAAAAUAUAUCAACAGAAAGACAAAGAGUUUUAAAUUAUUAUAAUGAAGAUCGAAAACAAAUUUAUGAAAGUAGCAUAAAUAAAGAAAGACAAUUUUCUCAUAUUUUUCAAAAUUCCGAGAAAUAUUAUGAUGCUAAAGAAAUAUUAGCAUUUUUACUUCCAUACCAUACUUUUUAUUUAGAUCAUAUUAAUAUUGAUGAAGAUGAUGAGGAUGCGGAAUUAAUAAAUAAUACUGAAAAAGAAAUGAAAGAAAUCGAACAAUCUAUCGAAGAAAUAAGGCAAUCCUUUGUGUCUUAUAUUAAUCCAUCGAUUGUUUGGAGUCUCAGCCGAAUUGCAGACAGAACAAAUCACCAAUAUAAGAAAUGCAAAAAAAUAUGUGACUAG